GUUAAAUCUCAUAACAGCGGCGUGGUUUUAUUGUUUAUGCUUUUGUGAUACUCUCUGAAAUAUCGGCAUUUUUAUACAGUUAUUAACCGGGAAACUUAUUUAUUACAGAUUGUCCUUAGCUGGCUGCAUCCAGUCCACAAUGCUACGGCUAGCCGCUUAGCAGUCGUCCGUUCAUUUCUACGGAGCGGUGUUGUGCCAAAAAAAGCGUCCCAGCCGUCAAACGCACCCUCCCGUUCAGAACAGCAAUUUUUUUUAACGCAUUUGUUUUCGCGAAUGCAUGCAGCGAAACUCGGCGGUGGCGCGGGCGGGGAGACGUUUCCCAGUCACUUCCACCCAUUUCAUGUAUCCAAGUGUGUGCGUUGAAAGUGGGCUCUGUUUUGACGGUAGGUCAUAUCAGAGGAGUGGGAAUGACUGACACUCCACCCAGUGAUGGCCUCUCCCAGGGAGCCGAGUUUGACAUGAUGGGAGCUCUGGACUGGAAGGACGGGAUUGCCACACUGCCAGGCAGUGAUAUCAGGUUCCGGAUGACAGAGUUUGGGACCCUCGAGAUCGUCACAGAUGUAGAGGUCAAAGGGCAGGAGGCCGAGCCUAAUCGUGAGACCCUGAACCCCGCGCGGUCUCACACCCCCACCCCCCCACCAGAAGUCCAAUCACAACCCAGCACGGCCACAGCCGCGCUCGUUCAGAGCAAGCCGGGCUCAUCUCAAGUUAAAGAGGAGAACCCCGGUGUGGAGGUCGGCCCCAGGGUCAAAGCUGGUCCUGGUGCUGACACGGGUCCAAACGGGGAGGUGUCCAGGUGUCGGGCCUGUGGUGGGCACGUUUCCAGGCAUGCCCUUAUAGAGGGAAAAUACUGCAGCGCUUGUGUUCAGCCUUCCAGUGGCAGAUCUUCUCCAGGAGAAGCGCGAGACGGCCAAGCAGUGGAAGGUGAGCGCCUGGGGAAACGGGUCCGCAAAAAGAGGAAGAUCUACAUGGAUUCUGGCGACGAAGAGGAGGACAAUCAUGAAGAACCAGAGGAAAAGGCCAAGGCUACCAAAGGCAGGAGGGGAGCCAAAAUGGCCAAACUUGUGACAGCCGCGCCCAAUAAGAAGCGGGCAUGGAGCUGGCCCGCUUACCUGGAGGAGGGCCGAACUGUUGCUGCACCCCUGAAACUUUUCAAAGAGCACCAGUCGUUUCCUCAAAGCAGGAACAGUUUUAAGGUUGGGAUGAAGCUGGAAGGCCUGGAUCCAUCUCACCCAUCUCUCUUCUGUGUGCUCUCUGUUGCAGAGAUCCAAGGUUACAGAGUUAGACUCCACUUCGAUGGUUACCCAGAAUGCUACGACUUCUGGGCCAACGCUGACUCGUGGGACAUGAAACCAGCCGGGUGGUGUGAGAAGAACGGACACAAGUUAUUACUGCCGAAAGGCUGUAAAGAAGGGGAGUUUAACUGGAGCAUGUAUGUGAAAAACUGCAGAGGCCAACUGGCUCCAAAGCAUCUUUUUAAGAGCCUCAACACGUCCGUGACUCCAUCAGGAUUUCGAGCAGGGAUGAAACUGGAGGCGGCGGACAGGAAGAACCCGUCGCAGAUCUGUGUAGCAACAAUAGCUGCUGUUGUUGACAACCGCCUUCUUAUUCAUUUUGACAGCAUGGAUGACGCACGCGAUUAUUGGUGUGAUGCGAGCAGUCCAUACAUCCAUCCGGUUGGUUUCUGUGAAGAAGCUCAGCUGACUCUAACAACUCCACCUGAAUAUAAGGAUCCCCAGAAUUUCUCAUGGGAGAAGUACAUGGAGGAAACGGGGACACAAGCUGCUCCUGCACGGGCUUUCAAACCGCGACCCCCUCAUGGUUUCCAGGCUGGCAUGAAAGUGGAAGCGGUCGAUAAGAGGAACCCCAUGCUCAUCCGCGUCGCCACCAUAGUGGACACAGAAGACCACCGACUGAAGAUCCACUUUGACGGGUGGAACAUGGAUUACGACUACUGGGUCGAGACCGACUGCCCAGACCUGCACCCAGUUGGAUGGUGUCAGAAAACUGGACAUCCGCUGCAACACCCCAGCAGCACAAGUGAUUUAUCGCCUGCCCCGGGACAAGGCUGUCCCACCCCAGGAUGCAACGGGGUUGGACACAUAAGAGGACCUCGCUAUGGGACACAUUAUACCCAGGUGAGCUGCCCUUACUCCGAGAUAAACCUGAACAAGGAGGGUUUGUUGCCGGAUCGUCUGGGUGGAGAGCGACUUCUGGUUCUCAGCGGUCCUCCGCCCCGGGGCCGCCGCCCCGACCCUCCCCCCAACAAUCCAGCUCAGACCACAUCAGCACCGGCACAGAACGAUGCACCCGUGGAUCCUCAGAGCAGGAAACCGGCGGCCGGGGAAGCUGAGCGCUCAGAUUGCAACAACCAGCCGGAGCCACAGGGUGGAGCCAACGAGCAGAGCCACAAUGGAGCCAGGCCUAAAAGGAUGGCUCCACUUCCCAAGUAUAUAAAAAUGCACUAUGUCAAGGAUGAGAUCAGUGAUGGAAAAUCCUCCCCAGAAACCAUCUCCCUCCAGCAAGCUCUCCACGAGUCCGUGUUCUCCCCCGGCAUCUCCGCCUCCCCCCCGCACAGAGUGGCUCUUUGCUGGGACAAACACUGCCAGCUGCUGCCGGAGGUCCUGGGGCUGACUGCCAAGAGAGUGGCCGCUUGGAGCGCCGAGGAGGUGGCCGGUUUUGUCAAAGGACUUCCAGGAUGUAAAGAACACGCUGCUACUUUUAAAACAGAGCAAAUAGAUGGCGAGGCCUUCCUGCUGCUUACCCAAGCGGACAUCGUUAAGAUCCUGUCCAUCAAGCUCGGACCCGCUUUAAAGAUCUACAACUCCAUCCUGAUGCUGAAGAGCGCUGACGAAGAGUGAGACCCGACUUCAGGGGGGGGGAUCUGCCCCUCGGACCAGAGCCCUCAGUCUCCAGACCGGACCUUUUUGUUAAAAAGAACAUAAUAAUCCAACCAGAACACGGCCAAUUAGUUUUGCUCUGCUGUGGUGCAACUUCAAGAGGAGGAGAGAAAGCCUUUUUCUGGAAGGUGUCCCAUCGCUCCCCUCUUCCUCCAACGACGGUCCAUCUUGAAAGAGUAUUUUAAGACGGCACCGAAGAUUUCCUAAACCUGACUUGUGUUUGUUUACAGAAGCUUAAAAGAAAAAAAAACCUGCAGGCGCCUCUAAGGCUUCUCGAUGAUGUAUAGUUUACAGAAUGAAUUUAUUGUCCCGGUUGUUAGAUUUCCUGUUUGUAAAAGAAAUGGUGCUCUGGCUCAGCAGGUAGAACAAGUAUUAUUAUUAUUAUUAUUAUUAUUAUUUUCAUUUUAAAAAGCUGCAAAAUACAAUCGUAAAAUAGUGAGAAUAUUUUAAAAUGUGAAACCCAAGGGAGCAGGGGCACUUCAGCUCGUCUGCUGUAAAUUGGAGGGACAUGGCUGCUCGGCAGGCUCAAAGAGCUCGACUGUUGGGUUAAUGUGGAGUUGGCCGGCGUUCGGAUUCAGCGGGGAUCCUUCAGACGCCGUCUUUGUUUGCGUGCAGAUCUGAUUUGGCUCGUUUGAGAAACGGAGACGCAACUUCUCCCACCGUCCUCUGCCCGGAUGUCGCGUUUCUGGCCAGCGGAUCGCUUCGGGGACGAGCGGCCAGGGCCGACUCGGUAAAUCAAGGCACCUUUCCUGUCGCUAAAGGUGAAAUGGACGCUGAACCAGCUGUUUGUUUUUUUGUUGUUUGUUUUUUUUUGUAGCAACACAUGAAUAUGAAUGUUAAACAGCUUAAAGUUGUUUUGACAUCCGCCUCAUUGUUCCUGGCUCGAACAGGCCGACUUUGAGUGUAAAUACAGCUGAAAUGAGAAGCCUCUCUCUCUCUCUCUCUCUCUCUCCCUACCCAGGUUUCCUGCUUUGUUAUGCAACGACUAAUAAUCUGUGCGGGCUGGGAAGGCACGAAGGCAGCGAACCGAUUGGGGGGGGGGAAGCGAUUUUUAAUGGUAAGGGGCGGGCCUCGGUCGGCGUGUUUGUAAAUAUGCGUGUACCGCAGCGAGUCGGAUGUUUACAUCAGUAACUGUUGAUAUGCAAACAGCUUUUAUUUAUGUUUUGUAAAUUAUGGGAUAAUGGUACGCUGCUCUGCCUCCUCUGACGGAACGUGUGAACGGGAGACAAUAAAAGAGAUGCACACUG